AUGCAGCAGCCACCCCAACGGCCAAUCCGCAGGCGGCGUCGAUACAUCCCCCGUGACCACGCUGGUGGGCACGAUCGGUUGUUCGCCGACUAUUUUGCUGAGGAACCACGUUAUCCGGCAGAUGUAUUUCGUUGCCGAUUCAGAAUGCGCCGCUCCCUCUUCCUGCGUAUUGUUAAUGCGUUGUCCGCGCGUUACCCCGAGUUCCGGCUCCAGCGAGACGCCACAGGGAAGCCCGGUCUAUCGCCCCUGCAGAAAUGCACUGUUGCCAUCCGACAAUUGGCAUAUGGAGGGUCUGCCGACAUGUUCGAUGAGUAUCUGCAAUGCGGCGAGACGGCGGCAACGAGUGCUGAAGAAUUUUUGUCGGGGGUGCGAGAACGACAUUCCUCGCCCGGACGUAAUUUCUGGCUGGAUCGCACUUUGGAGGAGCCACGACUUUCGAGGAUGCUCGGCGCAUCGAUCGUAUGCAUCGCGGUGGAAAGAAGCUCGUCCAACCACCCGCGUGGCGAGGCCGGUUCACUACCGGCUACAAAGACGAUCAGAUGCCCAAUCGGAGAUAGUAGAAAGUAUUUUGCCCGAGUGCAAGAGUCUGCGCGCAAGGAUGUGGAGAGGGCGUUUGGGGUGCUCCAAUCGCGAUUUGCACUGGUAAAGGGCCCGACGCGCUUUUUCUACCAGGGGGAUGUUGCCGACAUCAUGUAUGCGUGCAUCAUCAUGCAUAACAUGAUCAUCGAUGAUGAACACGAAGGCGUCCUCAACGUCACCAACGACACCAGUGUUGCAUCAUCGAGUCACGGUGUCUCAACCGAGUCCGAGUCCGCCCGCCGGGGUGUACCGUACAACGAACAUGAACGGUUCAAGGCGUUCAUGACAUACACCAGAAGGAGGCCCAUCGAGCACUACAACACGAUAUGA